AUGUUUGCUAUCAUACAACGAUGCUGCUUCCACACACCUUUCAGACUCCAGAAGUUAGCUGGCCCCAGACUGCUGCUCUGUGGAAAGGAUAAGACAACUUGGUCUCCUCUCGGCCUCCAGCAGCUGCAGAGGGAUGUGUGUCUUCUCUCAAGAACUUCAAGACUCAAGCCAGCAGUAAUUUAUGCAACCAAGCUCCAGGCUUUUCACACCUCUCUGCCCUUCUUCAAGAAGAAAACACCUGCGGUAUCUGAGGCAGAAUCACAAAAAAAACCAGGAUCACUGAAGGAUUCUCCCAAGCCAGCCCUUUACUUAAGCCUGGCAGGGUUAUUCCCGUUUGUCUACGUGCCAGUGGUUAUGGCCAUCAAGGGCACCUACUACCCAGAGCUGGCAUUUGCUCAGGUCACAUAUGGUGCUGUAACAGCCUCUCUGCUAGGGGGAAUGAGGUGGGGGUUUGCUCUCCCAGAAAACAGCCCGGCCAAGCCAGACUGGCUGAACCUGGCUAACAGUAUAGUUCCUCCUCUGUUUGCCUGGCAAGCCUUGCUCUUGAAGGAUAUCACUCAGGGUGCAGUAAUGAUAGUGAUGGCCUUGGGGAUAGCACUGCACUAUGAUGUUUCCCUUCUUCCUACUUACCCGAGGUGGUUUAAAGUGCUGAGGGUAAUAGGAACAGUGGUGAUGGCAGCAUCGCUAUUGGCCACUGCAUUUCUAAGGGCUGUUUUGGAGUAG